UGACCAAAGACGUGGGGAAGCUCCGAACGCUGACCCCGAAGCCUCACAAAUUCUGCAAAAUGCCUCGCGAGGCCUUGUCAUUCGGAUCGUUCAAAUAGAUGAGUUAACCUCCAAUUCACCAUGGCUAGUGUUCCUACCAUCCGUAACGCCUCCAAUUUCUGCAAUUGAUCCCAUCACCUGCGUGUACCUCUCAUUCUGCCAUCAUGGAAGUCAGUCCAGAACGCGGCACAGCCCAAAGGGAGGAGAUCCCCAAAGCCAUAGACCAUCUGACAGAGAAGCCGGUGGCUCACUCGGGAAGCGACAUUGAGAAACAAGUCCCACUUCAGACGCAAGCGCUUCAUCGGAAACUGAGAAGUCGCCACCUGCAACUUAUCGCCAUUGGCGGCACAGUAGGUACUGGUAUUUUUAUUGCCAGUGGGACCUCUAUUGCUACUGCUGGACCAGCCGGUGCCCUCAUCGCAUAUGCCUUCGUCGGAACCCUCGUAUACUCCGUCAUGCUGUCCCUCAGCGAAAUGGCUACAUACAUUCCCAUCGCUGGUGCGUUCACCAGAUACGCGGCUCGUUUUGCUGAUCCUAGUCUUGGCUUCUCGAUGGGUUGGAUUUAUUGGUUUUCUUGGGCCAUUACUUAUGCGCUCGAACUCACCGCAGCGGGACUUAUCAUUCAGUGGUGGAAUUCCGACUUGAGCAUUGGAAUCUUCAUCACUAUCUUUUGGGUUCCGCUUACUGCGUUGAACUUCGCUCCCGUGGACUUCUUCGGGGAAUUCGAGUUCUGGUUUGCUAGUAUCAAGGUCCUCGCACUUAUCGGAUUCACUUUCUUCUCUAUUUGCAUUAAUGCUGGUGCUGGUCAACAGGGCUACAUUGGUUUCGAGUACUGGAGACACCCUGGAGCUUUUGCACCGUAUCUUCUCGAGUCUACAGGAGCGAAGGCGAAGUUUGUCGGAUUUUGGGCCGUCCUCAUUCAAGCCGGAUUUGCUUUCCAGGGCACCGAGCUGGUGGGUAUUGGCGCUGGGGAGAGCGCGAACCCCCGCAAGACGAUGCCAUCCGCCAUCCGGAAGACUUUCUGGAGUAUCUUUCUCAUGUUUGUGUUCACCAUUUUCUUCAUUGGUAUUCUCGUGCCCUCAGAUAACGAGGACCUCCUGACCGGCGAUACAAAUGCUGGAUCAUCACCGCUGGUCAUUGCUGCACAGCUUGCUGGAGUCAAAGUAUUACCCGGUCUCAUCAACGCUGUUCUUUUGACGGUGGUGCUGUCAGCAGGGAGCUCCAAUGUUUAUUCUGGUAGUCGUAUUCUCGUCGGUCUUUCCGAGGAAGGUUGUGCGCCACAGUUCUUCCAGCGAACCUCGAGGAGGGGCGUUCCCUAUGUUGCAGUGGCCUUCACCGCUGCCUUCGGCCUUCUCGCCUUCAUGAAUCUGUCCGACCAUGGUGGCCAGGUGUUUAAUUGGUUCCUGAACAUCAUUGGCGUGGCGGGAUUCAUCGCUUGGUCGUGCAUCAAUAUUUGCCAUCUCUGCUUCAGACGAGCACUCCACGCUCAAAACAUCUCCCCCGAUACUCUACCGUUCAAAGCGUGGGGUCAGCCAUACCUCGCAUGGUACGGCCUCUUCUUCUGUGUGAUCAUUACUCUGACCCAAGGAUUCACGGCCUUCAUCCCAUGGACUACGGAGGACUUCUUUGUGGCCUAUAUCAGUUUGAUUCUUUUCGCUUUACUUUAUGUCGGCCAUAAACUUGUUACUAGGAGCAAGUUCAUCAAACCACAUGAAGCCGACCUGGUCACUGGCAGAUUUUUUGAAGAUGUUUCGGAAAGUUGGGAAGAGAGUCCUAGGAGCCGAUGGAAGCGAGCGAUGAAUUACGUUUUUUAAAUAGGAGUGGGCAUUUCAAAAGUCGGUUUCACGUCGCAUAGCGUUUGUCCCAUGUAUCUAAUUUUGGCGCUCUAUACCAUCUAACGCGGUUUAUGAUUGU